GUACUGCAGAGAAAAGGAAUUGAGGUUUCCGUUAAUGGAUUACGUCAACGUUUAAAAGGCAAACUUACAGGUAUAUCAGCUGAUAUGCUUUCAGCUCAUGCUAUAGGAGAAUUUUAGCAGUAUUUCCAUACUGGAAGAAUUUGUCGUUUCUGUAUGGUGGACAAGUCAGAAGUUGGAAAUAACUUUAGUGAAAGCACUCUUCGUCUCAGAACACCAGAAAUUCAUGAAUACCACUUAGCUGCUAUAAUUGAUAAUGCAGCAAACAAGAAUGUGUAUGGUGUUAGCAAAAAGUGUGAUUUUUUAGAGUUAGAUAACUUUGAUGUACUUACAGCUUUCCCUCCAGAUAUAAUGCAUGAUUUAUUUGAAGGCAUUAUGCCAGUAACUUUGAAAUGUGUUAUCAAACAUUUGUUACGUUCUUGUAAUACAUUAUCAGUAAAUAAUAUAAACGAUUCUAUAAACAAAAUUCAUUUAAUUAAUUCAUCUAAUCGCCCUAGCCAAUUACCUAAAAACAUUGCAUCAGAUAAAGCACACAUAAAUGGAACAGCUGUACAGAAAUUAGAACUUUUCCUAUUGUUUCCGCAGUUAGUCGGUAAUGAUGUACCACAUGGAAAUAUUGGCUGGGAGGUUUUUCUUAUACUUCGUGAAAUAUGUGACAUUGUUAUUGCCCCAAUUGUAGAUAGUGACAGUAUAUACAUGUUAGAAGAACUAGUUGCUAUGUUUUUGAAAACAUUUUCUGAAGUAUUUGGUUCUGAAUAUAUUAUUCCAAAAAUGCAUUACCCUCGUCUGAUACGUCUUUUUGGGCUUUUACGAAAUUUUUGGUGUUUACGAUUUGAAUCUAAACAUCAGUAUUUUAAAAAAGCUGCCUCAAAUGGACGAUGUUUUAAGAAUAUUACCAAAACAUUGUCAAAGCGUCAUCAAAUGUUGCAGUGCUGGGAAAUGCUGACAAAUGAUAUGCUUUUAUCUAACUAUACUGUGUCUGGAAACGCACCUAGAUUUUUUCAUAACUUGGAUGUUAAAGUACAAGAAGCUAUAAGAUUGUUACUUAAUUUAGAUAUAGAAGGGAAUGAAUUCAUAGUUAUAGCGAAAUCAAUAUCAGUUAUGUCAAAAGUAUAUCAUGUCAAAAAUGUAUAUUUUGGUUACUGUUCACAAGCUGAUUGUUGUAAGAUAAUAUACCACUCUAUGUACAGUUGUAACUUUUCUUAUUAG